AUGGAAGGACGCCAGAAAUAUAUCAGGCAAAAGGUAACACCAAUUCAAGCGAUUGUCGCAUUACGGGAUGCUGAAUUGGAACUACAAUGUUUCAGAUGUUUAAGUCCGGAAGAGCAAACGGAAGUGGAAGAAAUUUGGAAACCAAACGAAUCAUUUAUAGGAAAAAAGAUACGUCAGAUUAUUGAUAAAGUAAAAGAGUUUAUCUUAUCAGAAGUUGAGCGUGAAGGAAAGCAAAAUAUUAAUGAAUGGGAUUACAAAUGGGAAAAGGCAAAUUUUGAAGAAGGCACGAACGGUUGGUGGCGAAAUAUCGUUGACAUUGAUCCAACGCUUUCUGUAGCCGAAAAAACCAUAAGUCUUAUCAAAAAGUUUAUGAAACGUCAACCAAAUGAACCCAAACUUGGUGAUCAUUUUGAGCUUAUACUACCAAAAGUAAGCCGAAAAGAUAUGGGUUGGUAUCGUUGCAUAAGACGUAUAAAUAAGACGGUGAAUAUAGCUAAUAUAUAUUACAUCGAUGUGGUCACCAAUUCAACACCUGAAAUUAUAAUAAAUCGUUCCGUGACGAGUCAAAUAAAAGCCAUGCAGCACAAAUUCACAGAUCUGAAAUUACAAUCGAAUGCAUUCGUUACUCCAUGGAGUGAAUGCAGUAAUUGCGAUACAGAGAAAGGCGAAAAACGUCGUAAAAUUGCUUGUCAUUUAUCGUUCAUUGAUACCAAUUCAAAUACGACAUAUUUUAUGGCCCAUUCAGGAUAUCGUCCAUGUUGA